CAGGAGUUGAUCAAGAUGACGAGUGUCAGUAGAGACGAAAAAUUCCAUGAAAAUGCCGCGCGAUCAAACGGCUCACGCGAAAAUCAGAAACCGCGCUGAAAGGACCCAACUGCAAACAGAACUCCAGAGGAUCGAGCGGGAAAAGCAGAACGCGAUGCGAAACCUGGACUUGGAAAAAAGACGGUUCCGAACCAAGUGCUCCAAAAUGCUCAUAUUCUCGAAGCCCAAAUCCAGAGAAGUAGGUGACGGAAGUCACGAAACAUUCCAAAAGAAAAGUGAUUCCUUCAUGGACCUCCACGACCUGGUGUUCACCAACGGCGAAGUCGACGCCGGGAAGGUGCUGUGCCUACAUGUGAUAUCGGCGCAUCGAGCGGAAACCCUGAUGCCUCCGAAGAAAAGGCUCUCCUACUUGUGCAAAGAGCAUUCCCCUACGGAGAGGAUCCUGGAGAAGUCUAGGAGCGGGUAUGCUAACAACGAGAAGUUAUCCAACUUGCUACCCCUGUACACCGUGGAGAUGGUGCACCUUGGCGCCAUGGGAGAGAACUCCAUUCCUCCAGUGAUAAACGAUGGAAGGCUAGCUGCAAGGAUCCUGAUCAACGAAAACAUCAGGCAGCUUAUUGGAACGGUGAUCAAAGCUUUAGAAACUUCCAACAAAGACAAACUUCGACAGCUGGUGCGUAUCGCACAUGAUCCAAGCGCUAUAAGAACCAUACUGGCAAGGAAGGACAUCCAGGAAUUCAUGACUUUCUUACAAACCCAGCCAAUCAUCAACAAUAGCGAAUCUUUCCUGCUGACUCCGCCCUUCAAAAUUAAGACGAGAGACCUCAAUUUCCGUUCAAUGGCAGGAAAUAAUCUGGAGAGCCUGAUAAAUAAUAUAAGGCAAAACGUUUUACAAAUACCCACGAGAAAACCCAUGAUAGAGGGUUCGGAAGACUUCACUACUAUCCUAGAACCUCAAGAGAUGCGUUCGAGUAGCGAAAGAAUUAGGCCAAUAACUAUGGCAAGCGGUCCAAGAGGUUCGCCUGGCCCUGAAGGGAAUGAUACUAACGAGAAGCAAUUUUCAAAAAAGCAACGGCAUCGGGGUCGGACGCUUACCAACUUCAUUGCCAAAAAUAUAAGAGAGGCUCCAAAUGUCAAGAAAAUUGAAUACGAUGAGGACGAAACAGAAGGAAAUAUUGGUAAAAGGUCAGCCACCAUUCUGCUAAAAUCCAAGGUUUCUCCGUCUCCCAUCAGCCAAUCAAAUUCUGUAGAAAACAACCCAACAGAUGAAAACCUAGUCGAGAUGAAAGUUUCCAUCAAACCGAGUUCUAGCAGUAAAAUAAAAAAAUCUGCCAUUAGCCAGGAUAGCCUGAAAUUUCGCGUCAAAAAAAUCCUAUGUCCCGCCUGCAAAGAGAAAUGGAGAACACCUUUACCGCCUCCAAAAACCCCGAGGGUGAAAAAGUCUAGUGUUCUGCCUCCUGAAAACCCCCUCAAAACUGACAGCAGGUUGAGAUUAAACGUGUUGAUAAAUCGUGAAAUUUACACACAAGAGAGGUACGAAAAAAGGUACCUCGCUAAAAAUAGUCCAAUUUCUAUUGGGAAAAUCAAAAAGGAUGUACCAUCUAGCUUUUCAGAUAUCAAGUUGAGUCCUUUGGACCUAGCCAGGAUCCAACAGGAGAUCAGAGUGAAGGAAACUCAUAAAAAGCUGGAAAAGUUUCUCUGCAUGUCAGUGUAAUUCAAAAUUACUUAUGUUUUCCUGUAGCCGGUUGGUAAUAUAUUAUGAAACUAA